UAUUUAAUCAAGCGUUUCUACACUGAUUUCACAUUUAUAUUCCAUUUGAAACAUUCACAUGCCAGUUCUUGUUGGAACACCUAGUUUGGUCCUUAUUUCACGUGUUCAGGUAUAUCAGACAUGUUCUGUUGAUCUGGCAUGGCAACGUGCAGUUCAUGUUUGUCAGCGUUGCCCUAAAGCUACUUUAACCACAAAUGCUGUUACCCCCCUAAUAAGUCCAUCUGGUGGCGAACGUGCAACCUCUAGGUUCUGUCCUGCAGGUGUGCACAUGAGUCAUUGUGUUCCAGCGUCAGAGAUAUUUGCUGCUACCGGUAAAUCUAUUACUACUGGCGCUCAUUCUGUUCUGACUAAUAAUGAUACUCAUGGUGCAGUAUCUCCUGCCCACUUGUCAUGGGGACCACCAGAUUUACCACUUCCUGCAGCUAGUCCUAAUCACCCUGUACACGCUGCUCAUAUUGCCAGAUCUUCAUAUCCUCCUGCCUCAUCACCAACUUCGACCUCAUCUACUCCUCCAUUAAAAACAACCACAUCCACAACUGUACAUCAUUUUCAUCCUGUACAACGUUCAAAACCAUUGGAUUCUAAAUGUGGAUUGGUUGAAAAGAUUAGUAGUACAGUAUCUGCAACUAUUACUCCAACUUCAACUCCUGUAUCUCCGAUUACUACUAAUAUAACACCAUCAUUAAGUCCAUCUUCAGUACCACCAGAUAGGAAUAUUGUUGAAAAACGAUUACCAUCUAUUGAUAUCAGUGAAAAAGAUGUUGAUUUAGCUAAAUCUGUUAAAAUUGAAUCCGAUAAACCUUAUUCUAAUCUAUCUAUUCAAGAUGCAUCAUUUAAAUCUUGUAAUGAUAUAACUGUUUGUGAAAAUAAUUUACCAUUAUCACCUACGGAUUCUUUACGAAUCGGAUACAACAAUGAAAGUUCUGUGGAACAACCACAUACGGUAAAUGAUGUAACAUCUGAAAACGAAUCUAAAACCGAGGAUGCAAUUAUAACUAUUCGUCCAAAACUUACAGCGAAUUCUGCAAGUAUAAAUAAUGAAGCAAAACUUUCAUCUCAGACUACUAUUAUUACUACGUCUACUUCUACUACUACUACUACCACUACUACUACUGCAACUACCAAUAAACUAUUAAAUCAUGAUACAGAGAUUGAUGAUACUAGUAAAAUUAAAGUAAAUAAAACAACUUCUCAAUUAACAAAUGAUCGAAAUGUAUCAAAACAACACACUCCUACAAGUGUUUCAACAUCAUCAACAAAUAAAUAUCCUGUUGAAAGUAAUAAAUCCGAUGUUGAUGCAGUAUCACAUCAACAAUCUCAUGAUAAUAAACACCAACGUAUUCAUUCUUCACAUUCACAAAAUCUUAUCAAUUCUGAUGGUGGUGUUGUUGAAGAUGUCACAUCUUUAAUAAGUAAGGAAAAUGUAUCGAAUCGUAUAGAUUCUAUUUCUCAUGUUCAAAACAAAGCAUCUACUAUUUUUCCUUCUCCAGUUCAAGUACCUAAAGCAUUGCCAUCAUUUCAUUUUCCAUUUGGUACUACACGGAUGUCGAAUGAGGAAAUUAAUGCUGAAUUAGAACGUGUUAAACGAGAACUUAACCAACUUAUUGAUUCAUCGUUAAAUUCAGGGAAAACUUCCGAUCCGUUAAUACCUCAUUCAUGUUUUGGACAAGUUGCAAAGAUAUUCAAUUGUCCACUUUAUUGGAAACAUGCAAUCUAUAUGAAUGCUGGUGGUACACCAGAUCGGCAACCAGUCACUUUGUCAAACUUAUUAAAAUCAUGGUCUCAUACACUAAAUACAUGUCCGGAUGAAGCUUCGAAAUUUGUUCAUCUGCUUACACGUGGACGUGCAACCUUUUUAGUACAAUCUGAUUUUAAUACACUUAUUCAAGACAUUUUAGAAAGUCAUCCUGGCUUAGCAUUUUUAGAAGCAGCAAAAGAUUUUCAUUCACGUUAUGUGGCAACUGUUGUAGCACGUAUCUUCUUCAAUGUAAAUAUUUCAUGGUCUGGUCGUAUUUCUCUAGGUGAAUUAAGACGAAGUAAUUUUCUCACUGUAUUAGCCAGUCUUGAAGUUGAAGAUGAUAUUAAUUUGGUGACACAAUAUUUUUCAUAUGAACAUUUCUAUGUUAUUUAUUGUAAAUUUUGGGAACUUGAUGAAGAUCAUGAUUUGAUUAUUAGUCGAAAUGAUUUGGCACGACAUAAUAAUUAUGCUAUCUCAGAACGUAUGAUAGAUCGUAUAUUCAGUGGAGCUGUAACAAGAGGUACUGCUUUUAAAGAAGGUGUUAUGACUUAUCCAGAUUUUGUUUGGUUUCUAUUAGCUGAAGAAGAUAAGCAUCAUCCUCGAAGUAUUGAAUAUUGGUUUCGAUGUAUGGAUCUAGAUGGAGAUGGUUUAUUGUCCAUGUAUGAAUUAGAAUAUUUCUAUUCGGAACAAUUAGCCAGAAUGGAAGAGAUGGGCAUUGAACCGAUAUCAUUUGAAGAUUGUUUAUGUCAAUGUUUAGAUAUGGUGAAACCAGUGUUAACUAAUAAAAUUCGUUUAUCCGAUAUGAAACAAUGUCGUCUAUGUCAUAUAUUCUUUGAUACAUUCUUUAAUUUGCCAAAAUAUUUACAACAUGAACAACGUGAUCCAUUUGCUAAUUUACGUGAUAUUGAAGAAGGUCUCAAUGAAUUAUCUGAUUGGGAUCGUUAUGCAGCUGAAACCUAUGAAAUGUUAGUCAAUGUUGAAGGUGGUGGUAAUCCAGAAGAUGGAGUUGAUGAUGACGAUGAUGAUGAUGAUGAAGAAGAGGAGGAUGAGGACGAGGAGCAUGGUCGAAGAGAUGAAGAAAUUUGCGAUGAUAAUGGUGAUAACAAUUUAACUAAUACUCCUGCAUCAACUAUUUCACUAACAAAUAAAAAUGAUAAAAUCAAUCGAAAAGAGAAUGUUACAUCGUGUGGAUUAUUAGCUAAUAAACUUGAAUCAGUCAAUGGUGAUUUAAUGACAUUGGAAUCAACUGUUGGAGCUGGGGAGUGAGUCGUCUACAUACACAACUUAAUGUCAUUGUUGCGGAAUUCGAAUCGAUGCAAACAAACAAAAGUGACAUUUGUGUUAAGAAGCUGCGAUUAAUCAAUCAAUCAAUCAAUCACCACAUUAUUUGAAUUUUAUCGAAAUCUUAUCAACCGAGUGACAACUCAUAUAUAUACAUAUAUAUUUAUAGAUAGAUAGAUAGACAUGUUUGUGUACAAUUGAGGCGGGCUCCAUUUUUUAAAUUGUUUCUCCUUUUGUACAAAACGGCAUAUACACGUUCAUGUAAUUUUUUUUCUUCUCAAUUGUUUAGCAAAUGUUCUUCAUGUUCUCAACUCUUGAAUUAUUUUCUUCUGACAACUUUUAAUGAUCAUCUUCGUAGUAGUAUGCUCAAUUUUAUUUUUAAGAUAUAUAUUUUAAUCUUUACCAAACCUGUACAUCUCUAAUUGUAAUCUUUUUUUUCCCUUACUAUUUUGUCUGUGAUAACACUAAUUUCAUGGAGAAUUUUCUCUUAUCACUGUCACUGUCAACAAUAUAUAUAUACAUUAGUUCUGUUCUCUUAGUAUAAAAUGAUUUUUCACACAUUAAAUUUGCUGUCUUUAAUGUGUGUGUUUGUUUGUUGGUUUUUCUAACAAUCAUUUUCUUUUCUUAAAGAUCAAUUUGAAUCUGUAUAAGAUGAUCAUCACUAUCUGUCAUGUCAUAUUUUGCUCUUAUUUUUAGAUUUUCCACACAUGUAGGUAGGUACUCUUUUUUUUUAAUCUUAAUGAUUUGUAUACAUGCAAUGAUUGAGUGGAUUUAGACUAGAUGUAUCAUGAUGACCGGAGACAUACAGAAGAGAUUGGACAAUUGACAAGGUCUAACAUGUUUGUUGUUAUUACUAUUUAUCUUGUAUGUAUCCAUCACCGACAUCAUCUAUCUACGUACAUUUUUUAUUAUGAUAUAAGAUGCAUCAUGAAUUAUAUUAAUAUGCGGCUAAAAAUGACACUUGUCUUUAGUCUCAUGUGUACAAUACAAAAAUACAAAUUAACACACACACACACACAUUAUAUACCAAUGAAUAAGAGAAUAUUGUAAUUUAGCUUGAAUAAAAUCUAACUUUAUUUCACUUCCUUCCAUUGUAUUCAAUCAAUAUACAGAAGAAAAUUUUUUUUUUUGAAUAAUUGUAAUGAUGAUAUUGGAUCUCUCAUUGUUAUUUCUGCAUUCAGAAUUAACUAACUAACUAUAAUUGCUUCGUAUAUAUAAAUAAGUCAUAUCAUACAUACAUACAGUUGUUUAUAACAUGUGUAUGUUGUGUGUGUGUGUGUAUGUGUUUGUGUACCUUGAAUGAACACUGUCUUCCUAUAGUUAAUUGUUUCUUCUCUUCAUGAGAGAUAAAUUCAAGUCUUCCUUCUUUCUUUCUGUUUUUUCUUUGCUGGCUAGUUGUUUAUUGCAUCACAAAGCAGACACGCAUUGCAAAUAAAAAAUCUGAGUAGAGCUACCAGUGUUUGUUUGUUUUUUUUUGUAUUCUGAAGAAUGUAAAUUGUUUAUUAUUCGUAAUUAACAUUAUUAUUAUUAUUAUUAUUACUAUUAUUAUUAUUAUUAUCAUAAGCCCAUGACCUAAUAAAUAAUUUACCUGUCAAACUUCUCCAUAAAAGUAUUCAAUCAAUUAAUUGUCAAGUGCUUUCAUCUUUGAAAAAAAUUAAACAUACUGAAAUGCUGCUUAUUUUGCUUGAUUUUCUUAACUGGUCGGUUACACUCAUCAUAUAUAAUCAUUAAUGAUGAACUAUGCAUAAUGUAUUGACGACAGAGUUUAAUUGUAAAACAAUUAUUAUUAAUAAACAAAGAGUAGUGUGGUGCACGCUGCUUAUAAGUAGUAUAUAACGCGAGUAAAAACGUAAUGUCUGGCAGUAGAAGAUGGGGGAAGAUCAAGAAAGGAAGAGCGGGAACGCAAUGGGAUUUGUAUGAAACGCAUGAACAGUGAAAUGUCAGACAAUGGAUUGAUGUUUUGCAACAGGAACAGUCCAGUUCGAUAUGAUGGAUUGAUAUUUUGCAAAUUAACGAUUUACGAUAUGGUUUUCCUAUUUUACCAAUUAACUUUGUAAUUUGAGAUAAAUACAAUUCCG